UGUGGCUUCGUCAUCAUGCUCAUGGCGCUGUACUGGUGCACCGAGUGCAUCCCGCUGGCCGUCACCGCCCUGCUGCCGGUCAUCCUCUUCCCCAUGAUGGGCAUCAUGGAAUCCAAUGAGGUGUGCAUCCAGUACCUGAAGGACUCCAACAUGCUCUUCAUCGGCGGGCUGCUGGUGGCCAUCGCCGUGGAGCACUGGAACCUGCACCGGAGGAUCGCCCUCAAUGUGCUGCUCAUCGUGGGGGUGAAGCCAUCUCUCCUGAUGAUCGGCUUCAUGGGCACCACGGCCUUCCUCUCCAUGUGGAUCAGCAACACGGCGUCCACGGCCAUGAUGCUGCCCAUCGCCAACGCCGUGCUGCAGCAGCUGUGCGAAAAUGAGGCCAACGCCGAGGAGCGGGACCACAACACGGCCGCCGCCGCCGCCGCCACGGACGGUCAGGACAACCAGGCCUUCGAGAUGGGCGACACCAAAGGGAGCAAACUAAAGGCCAUCGACAGUCGUUGCUCUAAUUAUUUUGCAGAUAAAGAUGACCACAAAGACAUGAAGGAAAACGGCGUUAUGUCACGUCGGGACUCGGAGGCCGGCGAGAGGAGUCCGGAGGCCGAGCUGCGGCGACUGAAGACGCAGCAGAAGUACGUGAAGCUGACCAAAGGCAUGAGCCUCAGCGUGUGCUACGCGGCGAGCAUCGGCGGGACGGCCACCCUCACCGGAACCACGCCCAACGUCAUCCUGAAGGGCCAGAUCGAUGACCUCUUCCCGGAUAACGGCGGCGUGAUCAACUUUGCGAGUUGGUUCGGUUUCGCGUUCCCCAACAUGGUGCUGAUGCUCGUCUUGUCCUGGUUGUGGCUGCAGUUUGUGUUUUUGGGCUUUAAUUUUAAAAAGACCUUUGGCUGCGGCUCAAAGAACGAAGGUGACCGUGAGGCCUACCAGGUAAUCAAAGAUGAGUACAACAAGUUGGGGAGGAUGAACUUCGCUGAGAGUUGUGUACUGAUUAUCUUCACGUUGCUGGUUCUGCUCUGGUUUACCAGGGAGCCUGGGUUCAUACCCGGCUGGGCCACUGUGCUCUUCAACAAAGACAAAACGUACGUCACGGAUGGCACCGUGGCCAUUUUAAUGUCGUCGCUCUUCUUCUGCAUCCCGUCCAAAUGGCCGAGAUGCGGCGCGACGAACAAGAACGGUGCUCCCGCCAAAGCUCCUCCUCCUUUGCUUACCUGGGACAUCGUCCAUGAAAAGAUGCCGUGGAACAUCAUCUUGCUUCUGGGAGGAGGUUUUGCAUUGGCGCACGGAAGUGAGAAAUCCGGCCUUUCGGAUUGGCUGGGGCUGAGUCUGGUCCCGCUGCAGAGCAUCCCUCCGGCCGCCAUCUCCAUCCUGCUGUGUCUGCUGGUGGCGACCUUCACCGAGUGUUCCAGCAACACGGCCACCACCACGCUGUUCCUGCCCAUACUGGCCUCCAUGGCGACCGCGAUCAAGAUCCACCCGCUGUACGUCAUGUUUCCCUGCACCAUCUCGGCCUCGCUGGCGUUCAUGCUGCCCGUCGCCACUCCACCCAACGCCAUCGCCUUCUCCUACGGCAACCUUAAAGUCAUGGACAUGGCCAAAACUGGAUUCAUUCUGAACAUCGUUGGCAUCACCACCGUCAACAUCGCCAUCAACACGUGGGGCAUCCCCAUGUUCCAGCUGGACACCUUCCCCAGUUGGGCCAACAUCACCAAAGGUCCUUGAA